UACACGAAAAGAAGGGCUAGCUGGGUUCCUGAGGCGCAUCGCAUCGCAUCGGCCGAACCAAAAUUCUAUCACGCGACCCCGGCAAGGCGAACCACCAGGCGGUGGCGGCGUAUCGGCAACCCACAGCACACCCAUGGCGGCGGCGGAGGGCGGCGGCGGCGGAGGCGGGGGGAAGGUGUCGUUCAAGGUGAUCCUCACCUCCGACCCCAAGCUCCCCUUCAAAGUGUUCAGCGUGCCGGAGGCGGCGCCCUUCACCGCGGUGCUCAAGUUCGCCGCAGAGGAGUUCAAGGUCCCGCCCCAGACCAGCGCCAUCAUCACCAACGAUGGAGUAGGCAUCAACCCACAGCAAAGUGCAGGCAACGUGUUCUUGAAGCAUGGCUCGGAGCUGCGCCUCAUUCCCCGCGACAGAGUUGGAGCGACGGUGCCGUCUUUCUAGUCGUCAUUGUUAGAGUCAACAAUGAAUGAAGGAACCUAUAUAACAGGAAUAAAGGCAUGUCGAUGCUCGGUUGUAUAAUGGAUGUAACUUUGUUGAGAGUAAUUUACCAUCAACAGCCAGCCAGCCCUAUGAUUGACAGGAUGAAUAUAGCUUGCCAGACAGUGCCAUGUGUUGCUGUCUUUGUUUGCA